UCUGUGCGUAUUACCCGAUUACCCGUCCGAAGGGUCGUACUCUGUGUCAGAAAGGCCGGACGCUCGCCCCGGAAUGACGUUUGACGAAGUGAUAGUUAACGUGACGUGUAACGCGCCGUACAGUCGGGUUGGACCCGAGGCGCUGCAAUGCUAUUUCGGCCAAUGGUCCGCAGAGAGAUUUAGCUACUGCUUGUAUUUCUGCGAGAAUCCAAGGCACCCUAGCGUCACAUAUUACUGCGGGGACAACUAUGACCAGGAAUGCGGGGAUUUAGUGCCAAUUGGUGACAGUGCACUACCGAAAUGCAACGACAAUUACCAUUCAGCAAGAGAGCUUCAGAGUGUGAAAUGUUCCAACAAUGGUUGGUUAUUUCUGCAGACCUGCGAACCCGACGUCGUUAUAGCGGAACCUGACAGCACUGUUUCAAAAGAGGACGAUACUAUGGACAGCAGUACACCUACUGUUAUCCCCAACUCGACUCCCGUCCCAGAUGUAUCUACAACACCGAGAAACCUCUGCGUGGUGCCCGAAAACCCAGACUUCGGGACGUACUCAGUGUCAGGAAGGCCGGACGCACAACCUUGGAUGGCGUUUGACAAUAUCACGAUGGUCGUGUCGUGUGACGCGCCGUUACGUCCUAACGGUCCGGUGGAGAUGCGUUGCUCUGAUGGCGAGUGGUCUAUGGACGAGUUUACCUCCUGUGAGCAUUUCUGCGAAGUGCCACGUCAACCCAGCGUCACCUACUUCUGCGGGGACCGAGACAGACAUAACGUAAAAUGCGACGAUUUCGUUAUAACUGAUACCACAGUUUACCCAAAAUGUAACGACUUUUAUUAUAGUACCACUGGAAUGAGGGAACGCAUGACGUGUAACAACGGAAAUUGGAAUUUUGUGGAAACGUGCGAUAUAGAUUACAAUGUUUCGCUAGACGGUAAUAAUAUUACUGUGCGUUUAGGUGACAAAAUAUACUUGUAUUUGUCAGGGUCUGAGUAUUCUUUGGCAGUGGAUAUAAAUUCUGUAAAUUUUAUAAAUGAAACUAUGCCUCAACCUAAACCCAAGAUACCUAACUAUGACUAUUGGGGCUAAAUCUUUCAGGAGUUUCCCCUUUUAUCCUUCCCACCUUCCUUUAAUUUUCCUUUCCUCUUUCUUUGUUUUUAAUGUCAUUUAUCCUUUCCAACAAAGAAAAAAAUCUUUGUUCUUUAUUUUCUUUUCUCUUUUUUUCUUUGAUUAUACUUUUGUAGGGGUCACUCGAAUAUGUAAGAGCGAUAGAGAACU